AUGGAAGCAACGCAAGAAGCCACCCAGCCAUGCACGGAUCCACGCCGCCUGGGCCACAACAAUUCUGGUCUGCUAGGAGAUGAUGUGUCGGAUGUCAUUUGCAUUCUACACCCUAACUCGCUCUAUGCCCAUGAUGCAGUGGCUGCGACUGCUAAUAUCCGCCCCGACCACAUCUUGCAAAGGGAAAAGCUGGCAUAUGAAUCCGCCGAUACUGCAGCACUAGAUAUCGCUCUACGACUCUCGUCGAACGUCCGUGACCUAGGCUCUGGCUUUUGCUUUGGCCGCAACCCCUCACGAUGCGACAUUCUUCUAUCAGCCGAUGAUAGUUCAAAGCGGAUCUCCAAUUGUCACUUCCGGAUUUAUCUCACAAACGAUGGCAUCCUAAUGCUCGAAGAUACCUCCACAAACGGCACCUUGGUAGACAAUAAUCGUAUCCGCAAAAAUGAGGUCAACAGUCGAAUGCUCACAAACGGCUCCGUCAUCCAGGUGGUGCAUGGCCCCCAGGCUUCAGAUGAAGUCAGGUUUAUUGUUCGAAUGCCAUCCCGAGAUACGUUUGCGAUGCAAUACACAGAGAACAUAGUCCGGUACCUUGAGCGAGUACAGAAGCAUCAAACGGGAGUUGCGCAACCUAUAACUCGCCAAGGCUCACAGCCUCUGCAGUGGGCGGUCGCCCAGACAUUUGGAAUGCAUUGGACAGGAGGUGCAAAGUACAAUAUAACCGGACAAAUCGGCAAAGGUGCUUUCGCAACAGUUUACAAGCUCGCGACGAAACAGCAUGGCAUAGUCUUCGCAGCCAAAGAGCUCGAGAAGACUCGUCUAUUGAAAACCGGUGCCCAGAAGGUCGACAACGAAAUGAGGAUUAUGCGAGAUCUCAAGCAUCCCAACAUUGUGCAAUAUGUUGAUUAUCAUGAGCACGACAGAUGGAUUUACAUCAUCAUGGAGUAUGUGCCUUGUGGAGAGUUGUCUACCUACCUUCAUAAUUGCAGGACAAUCUCCGAGCCAGUGGUGCAGCAGAUGACUCGACAGAUCUUGCAUGCGUUGAAGUAUCUUCAUAAUCGCAGAAUUACCCAUCGAGAUAUAAAACCAGAUAACAUCCUCAUCUCGUCAUUCGAGCCUUUCAGAGUCAAGCUCUCAGACUUCGGGCUUUCGAAAGUGGUGCAAGAAGAAUCGUUUCUCAAGACCUUUUGCGGCACGCUUCUGUAUUGCGCGCCCGAGGUGUAUCCAGAGUACGCAACCUAUCGCGCUGGUGAAGUUAGGAAGAGGCGUCGGUUUGGUGAUCCGCCGCCCAAAACGACACCGUAUGACCAAUCCGUGGAUAUAUGGUCAUUUGGUGCUGUCCUCUAUCAUAUCCUGGCUGGAGUUCCUCCGUAUAUGGGCUCAGCCGAAGAUAGAGGCUCCAAGAUGCUACGGGUUAUCAUGACAACUGACCCAGACUAUGAUCGCCUUCGCCAAGCGGGCAUUUCAGAAGCUGGUAUCGAUUUCGUUUCCCGGCUCCUGAAUCGUGACCCGCACUCCCGGCCCAAUGAGCGAGAGUGCUUUCAACACCCGUGGAUUGCCAAUGUUGAAGACAUCGAUGAAUACGAAGACGACGAUGUUCAGCCCAACGACUUUGGAGGAGCUCUGUCGGACAUCGGCGAGGAUAUCGAAGGAGAACUAGAUGCAUCUCAACUCUCACUCGACGAGGAUGCAGAGGAACCCGAUUCAGCUGAGGGCAACCAGCUGGCCCAGUCAAAACGACCUCGAAUUGACAAUCCCCCGGCAGAUAUUCGCUACCCAUCGCUCCCGGCCCUCGAAACCCUGAAUAAUAUCCAGCCUGGUCCAGAGAAUACACCUAAGCGUCUGUUCGGCGAAAUCACCCCGGCUGCUCUCCCCAGCUCGCACGCAUUGGGUGUGGGUGCCAGUAUGGAGGCCUACGAUGGCGACGACUAUAAUGUUCGUGACUUCUAUUCCUCAGCCGGUGAGUCGAUGAUUAGCGACGCCAGCAGCCUAAACUCUGUCAUCCCCCUUCCCGAAUUCCCUUUUGGCGGUUCUGCCCCAAGUUUGAUGGGUGCUGAGAACCAAGUUCGGCAGUUAAAGAUGAACUCGUCCCAACCAGACAUAUUCACGGGAGUCGAAAUACCAACGAAACGAACUAGUCCAGCUGACAAACACGAGGCCCCGACAGGUGGGAACGUCCCAACCCCAGGUCGAGCGAGCCGCAGCCAAUCAACCCCCAAAGCCUCGAAAUUUAGUCGUCGAAUUGAACUCCCCCUUCCCGACAGCGCCAGCAAUAGUUCCAGCAACGGGAGCAAGCCAGCAAGUAUCGAAAGUCACAGCAAAUCAUCUACCAAAUCACCUACUACACCAGCCGCUGCGGCAGCAGUUAAUGAUGAACUGGCUGUCACACUUGAUGCUCGAACCGGAAAAGAAAUCCCCAUUCCCUCCGCCCCGAAUUCCCAGCCCCAGUCCGACUGUAUUCCCCCUGAGCUUAGUAUUCCCCGAACCAUUCCCCCUCUACAGUCUCGCAAAAAUCGGCCUUUGCUGGGAAAGCUGACAAGCGUUCCGGGCUCCAUUCUCGACAUUGCUAUCCGUUUGGAAACCCGAAUGACAUCUUGGGGACGUGGCCCGCUGGCAACCGUUUGCUAUACAGAUCCCUUGGACACCCGCAUACCUGCCUACGCCCUGGAAGUGACAUUUUGGACCCCAGCCAUUGAAGCACGGAUCGCGGCCGGGGAUGACUGGAUGGCCAUUCCUGGAGUGAUGGCAAUCCUUUCCACGAAGACACGCAACUGCAUUUGGGUCAACGACACGGAAUUACGGCGCGGUGACGAGAAUGGACGCCCGGGGCUUCAGUUUGGAAAGCUAUACACUGGAGAUAUCAUUACCGUUUACAAACAACGCAACAAGUUUCUCAAACUCCAAUGCGAGUUUUACCAUGGCGAUAGUGCCCGUCCACGACCAGACCACGAGAAAGGUUUCACCGUUCGCAAAAUCUUGAAGUCGAAGAAGGAGGAUACAGGCGCCAAUCGUCAACCGGUGCAGAAGAAAAACAACUUGAAAAAAUAA